AUGGGGACGCAAGACUGCCUUGGUGGACGCUUGACCAGGUUAGUUCGGGUUCGAACCUCAGGCUCGGAUGUACCCGAACCUCCGGAUGCAUUUGCUAUAAAUACCACCACGCUUCGAUCAGACUGCUACGAAAUUGUCUGGAUCGUAGAGUUUUACUUUCAGAUAUUUUUGCUCCAAAUCUUUAAAGGUAACUUCCUAUAUAUUCGUGAAAUCGUUGUGGAUGCGCCAUUGUUCGUCCCUGCUGCUGUUCGUCAGGUGGAGGAUUUCUCCCCAGAAUGGUGGCAACUGGUGACGACUUCAACUUGGUUUCAUGACUACUGGCUCAGCCAACAGCAGGGUGAAGAUGGUUUCUUUGGAAACACAUACACACCAGAUGCUUACGAUAGCAGUGACAUUGCUGAUAUGCUUCCUGAUUCCAUUGACACCGAUGAAGACAUAUUAUCCAUGGAAGCACAAUACGAGCAGUUCCUCCUUUCUUCUGAAAUGGAAACAGCAAACGCAUUUUCCCCAAAUGCUUACAAGCAAAUGCCCAUAAAUAGUUUGGAAGCAGAAGCCAAGUAUCCAAGAAAAGGCAGUGAAGUCGCUUAGGCCAACAAUCACAGUGAAUGUAAUUAGUUUUCCAGGUUUCUCUGGCCUUGCUUAAUUAAUUAGCUUUUUCAGUUCUGCAUGUAUACAUAUAUAUUCACAAAAACUGUAGUAGGUAGUUGUCUUGUAUGUUUAUUGUAAGUUUCUGUAUAGAGCAAGGUUUUAAUGCUCUUUGUAUCUCUACCACCUAGCCUUGUUCAUACUCAUAUAUGCUGUUUCAACUAGCCAGGGAAACUAAAUGGAGAAGAAGUAAUUCAAGAGUC